CGAAAGUCACUGAAUAAAUAUUUAUGUCAAAACACUCAUUAGAACUUUCAAUCGCUCGGUGCGAACACGGCUUAAGACACAGCCGAUAAGAGGAUUUUUUAACGAGAUUAACAAAGUCAGUGUUUCGUCGCUAUCAUCAGUCAUUAGUCAACAUGACGAGCCACAUGCAGAGAUUAUUGUUGAGAGCCGGUCGUUUGUAUCGCGUAAAUUCCACGAGGCAGAUUUCUGCCUCCGCCACGCUCCGAGCGAGACCCGCCUUCAAUUGGGAGGAUCCGUUCGAUCUAGAGUCAAAAUGCAAUAAACUCAGUGUUUUAUACUGGUCAAGGCAGUUAUAUCUUUUAGUGUCAGUGACCGAUUUUGAUAACUUGAUAAAGGGACCAUUCAGUUGCUUAAACAAUGCGCGAUACGGCAUCGCCUGGGGUGCGUUAGGCGCGGCAGAAGCUUGCCUGAACAUUGCUAGAUCUUACACUUUGGAGAGGAAACAAUUUAAAAGACCGCUGGCGGCGAAUCAGCUUGUACAGAAAAAACUGGCAGACAUGAUGUGCGACGUUGCGAUCGGUCUUCAAGCUUGCUUACGAGUCGGCAGACUGAAGGAUGAGAAUAGAGCUGCGCCGGAAAUGAUUUCCGUCAUUAAGAGAAACUCGACCAUCAAAGCGCUGGAGAUCGCGCGAGCCGCGAGAGAUAUGCUAGGCGGAAAUGGGAUCUCGGACGAGUACCAUGUGAUUAGGCACAUGAUGAACCUGGAAACGGUCAACACUUACGAAGGUAACACUUACGCGAUGAUCGUCCCGAGAAGAUCGGCGAUCAUUUAGCACGUU